AUGCAAUUUUGUGGAAAGGGAGAUGUGUCCUGUAACUUCUGCUCGGAAGUGACGGACGAUGUUGACGACUGGCUUGAUCAUUGUCAGGAGAACGGUUGUUGGUAUUUGUAUUGCGAUGACUGCGAUGAGUGUUUUGGGACGCCAAAGGAGACUUUCGAGCAUUAUCAAAGGAAUCGGUGCUGUAGCGAUACGGAGGGAGGUGAGUGGUACGGGUUUUGCUGCAAGUAUCUAUCGACCGAAAAGGGCUUCAUGGAUCACUGUAACAUGAAGCAUGGGGGGUUGAAUAAGUGCAGCAGGGACGCAGUGAUGUCAUGUAAGUGCGGUCGGUUUCGUGGUGACUACGAGGGCUAUUUGAGUCACAUCGACAAGCUGGGGGACGUAUGGUAUUGCGAGGACUGCGGUCAGUACUUGCUGGAGGUAAGCGGCAACCACAUAGGUCACGACCUGAGUCACGCCACCCACGUGGACAAACUCGAAGACGAAGGUGAGAGCAGAGACGGGCGAAUCGAUGACUUGGAUGAGCGCGUCAAAGCGGUCAGCGAGAGGGUUGAGGCCGUCGCGCGACAAGUCCAAGAAGGCGAUACAGAGCUCAGUGGAACGCGGAGCCUCAAACAGAUGUGGAAACGACAAGACCGAAUGAACAGCAUGCUGCUCCAGAUUCAAAGCCGUCUCACGCAACUAAAUACAGAACUGCAGAGCUGUGUCGCCCAGCUGAAGGCUAUCCAGGACAACGAUCAUUGGGAAACCGGACCCCCAACAGCCAUGCCCACAUCUCCCGGUUACAGCGAGUACAGCGACUAUUCGUGA